AUCAAAAGUGAAAAGUAAACAAACAGAUUACAAAGUAAACAUAUUCGUGGUAAUGUCGAGUGUUCUUUUAUCUGAAACUGAAAAGUUUUCUACAGAUCGUAAUUAUGAUGCUAAAUGGAAAACUUGGUGCCGGCUCUGUGCUAAUGAUGAUGUACACGGUAUUAAUCUUCUUUCGGGGCAGUGCUCACAAGACCUGAAUAGUGAGUUGCAUGAUAUUAACAUGGUUCAUUCAAUAGGGGAGUUAUUUCAAAUACAUCUUCAAGAAGAUGAAAAACUUUCACAAAUAAUUUGCUUAGAGUGCUGGAAAUUUGUAAAAAGUAUAAUUAAAUUCAGCGAACGCGUAAACAAAGUCCAACAAUUGUACGCUGAAUUAUACAAUUGUACAGAUAAAACCACACUCGAUUUGGGUUUGUUGUUAGAUAAAUAUGGUAUUUUUAAAAGUGAAACACUAAUAACGCAACAAGGAAACGAACUGCCGGUUGAAGAAAUUUUUGUUGCCGAAUUAACAGUUACGUCUGAAGUUGGCACUAAUAUAAAAAAUGAGUGUAUAAAAGUGACAGAAAAGUUGGAUACAAUAGUUCAAGAGACAAAAGAUGAAUUUAAUGACCCUAUAGGCGAUGAAGAAGGAACCUUAGACCAAAUGUCUUGUACUUCAUCUAUGUCCGAUGACAUUAGCAGCAAUGAAGAUAAUGAUGAUACAGGAUCAUCCGAUUGUGAAAUAAAGUCAUACAAAAAAGGUGACAUUCAUGAAAAUAUCUCAAAAGAAUUAGAACACCUGUGCAGCAUUUGCUCACAAAGCUUUCAACGUCGUAGCAUUUAUUCUAGACACAUGAAGAAAAAACAUGGCGUAAUCGUUUGUCCACAAUGUCCUACUUCAUUCAAAACAGAAUCUACGCUCAAGUUGCAUAUGGUAAAUCAUCGAAAAUUGUUCAGUUGCCCACAAUGUGAUCAAAAAUUUGAAAGGAAGGGGUCGCUUGGUAAUCAUAUAAGGAAUGAUCAUAAAUUUGCCAGGACAUUGGUCUGUGAAGAAUGUGGUGAAGCAUUACGUACAAAAAAACAACUGAAGCAACAUAUGUUGACCCAUACAGACUAUACACCAUUUGUCUGUAAGGAAUGCGGAAAGAGUUUCAAGGAGAAAUACAGAUUAAAGCGCCACUUGGAAACACAUGGUGAUAAACUCAUCUGCACUGAAUGUGGAAAACAACUAAGUUGCCGCGCAACACUCAGAAGUCAUAUGUUAGUACAUUCCGAUAAGAUGCCACACAAAUGUGACUAUUGUGGACGUGCAUUUAAGCGAGCCAAAACGCUUAAAUAUCAUUUAAUAGCUCAUACUGGACUCAGACCGUAUUCUUGCGACUUUUGCGACAAAACAUUUUCAACUGGCUCCAGUUGCCGUUUACAUAAAAAGACUUUGCAUAAAGUUGAAUUGGCGGCCUUAGAAGCAUCUGGGGCAAAGGCCUAUACAAAAAAUGUACCAAAUUUGGAUGCAUUAAGAGCUGUAGCGCGUACUGGUGAAAAUUUGAUGCCGUUGGCAUCAAAACAAAAUGGUUAUGGAGGUUUAAAAAAUACCUAAGGGCUGAAUAUUUCGUCAAAAGUAUGAUUACCGAUAUUUGGUAUUACAAAAUACAUAUGUACAUACAUAUAUAAUCGUUUUUGUAUUUAUUUAUUCAUAUACAUAUAAUAACGCAAUGUGCUGAUG